CCCGGCCGCCGCUGCUGCCUCCCUCUCUCACUCCCUCGCGCGCUCGCCCACCCCCUCCCUCCCUCCCCUCCCUCCCCCGCCCCGGCUCCGGCCCCGGCCCCGGCCCAUUCGCUGUGCAGUAGUCUGCAGGGAGGAUGUCGGGCUCGUCGCUCCCCAACGCCCUGGCCCUCUCGCUGUUGCUGGUCUCUGGCUCCCUCCUCCCAGGGCCAGGCGCCGCUCAGAACGAGCCAAGGAUUAUCACGAGUGAAGAGGUCAUUAUUCGAGAAAGCUCUGCUCUCCCCGUCACCCUGCAGUGUAACCUUACCUCCAGCUCUCACACCCUUACAUACAGCUACUGGACAAAGAAUGGAGUAGAACUGACUGCCACUCGUAAGAAUGCCAGCAACAUGGAAUACAGGAUCAGUAAGCCGAGAGCUGAGGAUUCAGGCGAAUACCACUGUGUAUAUCACUUUGUCAGUGCUCCUAAAGCAAAUGCCACCAUUGAAGUGAAAGCUGCUCCUGUCAUCACUGGCCAUAAACGGAGUGAGAACAAGAAUGAAGGGCAGGAUGCCAUGAUGUACUGCAAGUCAGUUGGCUACCCCCACCCAGAGUGGAUAUGGAGCAAGAAGGAGAAUGGUAUGCCCGUGGAGAUUGUCAAUACCUCCGGCCGCUUCUUCAUCAUCAACAAGGAAAAUUACACCGAGCUGAGCAUCAUGAACCUCCAGAUCACAGAAGACCCUGGCGAGUAUGAAUGUAAUGCUACCAACUCCAUUGGCUCCACCUCUGUUGUCACCAUCCUCAGGGUACGGAGCCACCUGGCCCCACUCUGGCCUUUCUUGGGAAUUCUGGCUGAAAUCAUUAUCCUUGUGGUGAUCAUUGUUGUGUAUGAGAAGAGGAAGAGGCCAGAUGAAGUUCCUGACGAUGAUGAACCAGCUGGGCCAAUGAAAACCAACUCUACCAACAAUCACAAAGAUAAAAACUUGCGCCAGAGAAACACAAAUUAAGUACUGCUUAUAAUAUCUUUAGGUUCCUGAAACUGGUGGCAACAUGACCUGCUAAAUUUUCUGCUUGGACCUUUGGUUCUCUCCCCUUUCGAGCGAGCACCACCACCACGAUUGUCUAAAGCAUGCCUUAUUUAGCCUCUCCUGUAAGGGUGACCUAGCCAGGUACAUUUUAAACAAUGCUUCAGUGUAGAAGGUGUAAACUAUUUUGGGCUUGAUGUGCUGUGAAUGUUGCUUCUUUUUUUCCUUUGUUAAAAUAUUUAAAUAGAAGUGAAAGGUCCUCUGAGGAUCGGAUCAUGCAUGCGCCAUUUUUUACUUAAUGCAGCUGUUAAAUUGGCAAAGCCCUAAAAUGCACUGCUGCCAUCUAGUGAUACAUUUUUGUAAAGUACAGCAAAACGUACAGAUAUAUACAGUAUAUAAAUAUAUAUAUAUAUAUUUAUAUUUUUUGGGGUGGGAGAAAUCCAAAAUAAAUGCUUGUUUCAUUUUUAAGCUGCUGAUAGUCAUUCUUUAUUGUAUGUUGUCAGAUGAGGAAAUUGUGCAGUUCUGGUACAUAAAGAUGAGUAAUAUAAACUGAAAUCUAUAAUUUUAAGGGCUUAACCUACGACUUUGAAAAGAAGCUGGAACAGUCCACUGAAUGGAUAUUAUGGAUAUAAUGAAUUGCAGUAUAUAUGUAUGAUUGCUUUUUAAGUAAUUAUUUCUUUUGUUAAAUCAUGUAAAUUCUUAAAUGCUUUUGCACUGAUGUGUUGAACCUUACUGUACAUUCAAUUAAGACAAACUUUUAUAAUUUACCUUUUGUUUUCAGUGACCUUGAAAUGUUAUAGCAUGGUAUUCUAUGCAACUAGUUAUACUCUGGGGUUGACACUGUAUUUUUUCACAUUGAUUUAAUGGUUGAGUGUAGGCUUUCUCACGCGGCAGGGUUCUCAAGCAGUGCGUAACAGUAGAUGCAUGUACUUGUGUUUUGUGUAAUUGUUGAAGUGCAAUGAUGUAUAAAAAAGUGGAUUACCUGUUUUUAAAAAUAAAACGUUGAUAAAAGGUG